UUACCAUAUCAAGAGGGAGGCGCAAGGAAGACAAGGAUUUGAUUAAGCCCUGUUCUUCAUAUGAGAAAUUCUCCUUUUAAGUGUUAAAAUAGCUAAAUUCCGCAAUGUCAGGCUCAGCGGAUCGCGAGGCGGUGUUUCCCACCAGGCAGUCUCUGGGUUUGAUGAAAGGGAAACUUAAGGGAGCUGAACAAGGCCAUAGUCUACUCAAGAGAAAGAGUGAAGCGCUGACGAAGCGGUUUCGAGAGAUCACACGGCGAAUCGAUGAUGCUAAACGGAAGAUGGGCCGAGUGAUGCAGAUUGCUGCCUUCUCCCUCGCCGAAGUGACGUACGCAGUUGGUGGUGAUAUCGGCUUCCAGGUUCAGGAGUCUGCCAAACAGGCUCGCUUCCGAAUCAGGACAAAACAGGAGAACGUUUCUGGUGUCUUGCUUCCUCAGUUUGAGAGCCUGACUACAGAUGGUAACAAUGAUUUUGGCUUGACAGGCCUUGGAAAGGGCGGGCAGCAAGUUCAGCGAUGCCGUGAAACUUAUGCAAGGGCAGUUGAAACUCUCGUGGAGCUUGCAAGUUUACAGACUGCUUUCGUGAUUCUGGAUGAAGUCAUCAAGGUGGUGAAUAGACGAGUUAAUGCAAUGUAUGGAUGUGGUUUAGCCAGCAAAUGUCUUGAAAGUACUAAUGCCCUCCCUCCACUAGCGAGCACGUUAUAAUACCUCGAACGGAAAACACAAUUAAAUGUACGCAGGCUGAGAAUCAAGUUCAAGUGACUAUUUUGACUAAUAUACAUGCAGAUAUCAACUCAGAACUUGAUGAACUGGACCGUGAAGAGUUCUACAGACUCAAAAAGGUAAUUUAUUGUCUUUUGGCUAAGAUACAGCAGUUACUGAAUUAUGCUAUCUAGGUUUCCAACAAGAAACAGAGGGACACUGCGGCUUUAGACGCCGAGAUUAAGGCUAAGCAGCAGAAGCAAGGGGCCAGAAGCAAAGAAGAUGGAGCGGAACCAAGUGACAUGCUGGCAGAUGCCGAUGAAGAUGUUAUAUUUUAGGUUCAUAUAUCUUUUCGCCGAUAGCAGUGAGAAUUCAAGGAGCUAUAUAUAAUAUGUCGAGUUGUGGUAUGCAUGAAAUAAAGUAUAAUUUAAUAGGUUACUAGAUUGAAUACGUUUAGACCGACAUCUGGAUCCUUAUGGCUACUGAACGAACCAACGCCUGAACGACCGUGGGGAUCCCCAUAAGAACAAACAGCACCCACUAUGAUGCCUUGCCCUGCUCCGAUUAUUGCCUCUGGUAGGUGACUUUGAUCGGCUUUUCGUUCUCCCCGAGAGCCAUGCCAGACGUAGCCUCCUUUGCACUGAUCGCCCCAGAUUCAUUUUCAUAUUCAACGAAUGCGAUGCCCUUUCUCCCUGGAACCAUACGAAUUUCUUUAAAGCCGGGAAAUCUUCCAAAUAUAGCACUCAAACCAUCCGCAUCGUAUGUCUCGGGUAGCUCUCUUAAGAACAGGAUCUUGUUUGGGGGCAAAUAUUCGUCGGGAACGACUGGUGCCGCAGCUGUUCCUGUAGGUUUGAGUCCAGUUCCCUUUUGCGCCUUUGUUGGGCGAGAAUCUGGUCCACCAGCCGUGCCAGCAGCACCAGCAGGGCGUUUUAGCUUCUUCUGGGCUUCCAGGGCCUCCUGUGCUUGCUUGCGUUCUGUUGAUGGGUAAAACUAAUGUCAGUGCCUGUUCGAAAGUAUAAUAGGUAUAUACCUCUCCGUUUAGGCCAGAGUGCGCACCCUUCUCAGCUAAUCUCAUCCGCUUGUGAGCCUCUAGUUCCUCGUCACCUCCUUCUCUCAUCACUGUUGCAUCACUUUUUGUUUUAGCAUACUCCAAAACCAUCGGUUUUUCGAAGAGCUCAAAGCCGUUAACCUCAUCAAUGGCGCGGGUAGCAGAUUCAACAUUAUCAAACACAAUGAAUGCUUGACCUUUCGCCUUUAAGUUCGUUUUCGCAACAAUCUCGAGGAUUGAGCCGUACUCGGAGAAGAUUUCGGUUAACGCUUCUUUUAGUUGCUCGACUUUAAUCCUUUCUUCUAAAUUCCGGACCUAUUGGAAGAAAAACGCGCACAAACAUCGCGGUGUAGGUUAGCGGAUGGCGAGAGGUAUCCAAAAGGGCCAAAGGUAUGUGUGCGAGGCAACACUAACAUAGACACUUCAACAAGUUAGCACAUAUGAAUUCCCAUUUUUUCGGGGGAAAGGAGAAAACAAACGUUGGAUUUGGGGGUAUCGAUGACCCUGACACUGCUGCAGUGGCCAUUGUCCCAGAGCGUAGAGCUUUGUUCUCCCUUGUUAUCCUCUAAAUCAUAUUGAAGAUUCCAAUCGCUAUUAAACUGGAAUGUAGCAAUGCUGUAGACCGAAGAUCUGUCACGUGAUGAUAAGAAAAUGCCCCAGCAAGGUCGACUAAGGUUUGAUAUAAUCACGUGAUAUCCCUGUCUCCGGGAUAGUGACUAAGCCAUCAGCUGCACUUCUGGUGGCGGGUACGACGAUUUAAAUACAGGCCUUACCUAUUCGUCAUCGUGAUUAGCAGUUAAUGAU